ACAAGUUAAAAGUGCAAGCAGUAAUCCAUAGAUUAUAAACAAACCACUGCAUACCUAAAUUUACCCAUUUAAAAUUUAAGGGUUGGGUAAGUUGGGAAAGUUGGGUUUCAUUUUGUGUGUUGUGACAGUUCCCCAAACAAGUUUAAUUGGAAUGUGCAUACCAGUGUUGGGCGAAGUUUCUUUCGCCUUUUGUUCCUUAAUGGUGAACCGUCAUCACAAGUGAAGUCGGUCCCUGUAGGAGCGACUCCUUUUCAAGGCUUUUCCCAACUAAAAAGACUCGGGGCGACCGUUUUGAGAACUUCCUCCACCCCCGCCAGGCAGCAGCUAUGAACUGGUCGGCACUGCAGGUCCUCCUCAGCGGGGUCAGCCAGUACUCCACGGCCUUUGGCCGCGUCUGGCUCUCCAUGGUCUUCGUCUUCCGGGUGCUGGUGUUCGUGGUGGCGGCACAGCAAGUGUGGGGCGACGAGAACCGGGGCUUCACGUGCAACACGGCCCAGCUGGGCUGCAGCAACGUCUGCUACGACGCCAUCUUCCCCGUCUCCCACAUCCGCCUGUGGUCCCUGCAGCUCAUCUUCGUCACCUGCCCCUCCCUGUUGGUGACGGCCCAUGUCAAGUACCGCGAGAAGAAGAACAAGACAUACGCCCUAACGCACAAGGGGAGGAACUACGCCAACCCUGGGAAGAAACGCGGAGGUCUCUGGUGGACAUACUUGGUAAGCCUGAUUUUCAAGAUCGUGUUCGACAUCAGCUUUGUCUACCUCCUCCAUUACUUUUACAAGGACUUCGACAUGCCUCGACUGUCCAAGUGCUCCCUGGAGCCCUGCCCCAACACGGUGGACUGCUACAUUUCCAAGCCCACGGAGAAGAAAAUCUUCACCCUCUUCAUGGUGGUCUCAUCCCUGGUCUGCAUCCUCAUCUGCGUCUGCGAGUUCACGUACCUCAUCUGCCAGCGCAUUCUGAAAUGCUGGGUGAGGAGGAACAAGAGGAAGAGUCGGGAGUUCGCCGCCGAGCAGGAGAUGGUGCCUCUGACGGAAUUGUGGUCCAACAGGGGGGAUCCCACCAUCUCCAUCAGCUACCUCAACAACCUCAACAACGUGGCGGAAAAGGAAGGGCAGGCACAGCAAAAAAACGAUUCCGAGAGUAGAAAUGGCAAGGUGAAGCACACUUGAGGAGAUAUGAGACUGACUGAGGGCAUGCUCAUAGAUUCAGGGAUGACUUUUCGCAUUUAAGGGAUUUUUGGUAAAAAUGACUAAAAACUUAAAUGUUUCAGGAUGUAUUUUGGUGUAUAUUUCAAGAAAACUAUUUUAUUUGGUACAUGCGGUAAUAAUAAGUGUGACCAGUAGAUGGCAGUCAAACAUAAGAGAUAUGUGUAGACUGCAAUAUGAAUCCAAAAAACAACACCAGCAUUUUAUACAGUAUGUUCCGUUGAAAAUAUAGAACAUUACCCCAAGCGGAGGAGUUCAAGUACCUCGGAGUCUUGUUUACCAGUGAGGGAAGAGUGGAUCGUGAGGUCGACAGGCGGAUCGGUGUGGCGUCUUCAGUAAUGCGGACGCUGUAUCGAUCCGUUGUGGUGAAGAAGGAGCGGAGCCGGAAGGCAAAGCUCUCAAUUUACCGGUCGAUCUACGUUCCCAUCCUCACCUGUGGUCAUGAACUUUGGGUUAUGACAGAAAAGACAAGAUCGCGGGUACAAAGAGUCCGAAAUGAGCUUCCUCCGCCGGGUGGCGGGGUUCUCCCUUAGAGAUAGGGUGAGAAGCUCUGUCAUCCGGUAGGAACUCAAACUAAUCGAGAGGAGCCAGAUGAGUUGGUUCGGGCAUCUGCUCAGGAUGCCGCCCGAAUGCCUCUCUAGGGAGGUGUUUAAGGCACGUCCAACCGGUAGGGAGGCCACUGGAAAGACCCAGGACACGUUGGGAAGACUAUGUCUCCCGGCUGGCCUGAAAACGCCUCGCGAUUCCCCUGGAGGAGCUGGACCAAGUGGCUGGGGAGAGGGAAGUCUGGGCUCCCUGCUUGGGCUGCUGCCCCCUUGACACUGCCUCGGAUAAGCGGAAGAAUAAGGAUGGAUGGAUGGAUUACACACGGCGCUCCAAAAUCCAUCCAAAUGUUUUAGUACGACCUUGGUAAGCUCUGAAGCCGCACCGCUUGAUGGAUUGUACUGUGCUUCAGCAUAGGAGUAUUAUUAUGGUGCGUGUAUAAGAUAAAACAUACAAACCCCGUUUCCAUAUGAGUUGGGAAAUUGUGUUAAAUGUAAAUAUAAACCGAAUACAAUGAUUUCCAAAUCAUAUUCAACCCAUAUUCAGUUGAAUAUGCUACAAAGACAACAUAUCUGAUGUUAAAAGUGAUUAAACAUUUUUUUUUUUGCAAAUAAUCAUUAACUUUAGAAUUUGAUGCCACUAACACGUGACAAAGAAGUUGGGAAAGGUGGCAAUAAAUACUGAUAAAGUUGAGGAAUGCUCAUCAAACACUUAUUUGGAACAUCCCACAGGUGUGCAGGCUAAUUGGGAACAGGUGGGUGCCAUGAUUGGGAAUAAAAACAGCUUCCAUGAAAUGUUAAGUAAUUCACAAACAAGGAUGGGGCGAGGGUCACCAAUUUGUAAGCAAAUUGUCGAACAGUUUUAGAACAACAUUUCUCAACGAGCUAUUGCAAAAAAUUUAGGGAUUUUACCAUCUACUGUCCGUAAAAUCAUCAAAAGGUUCAAAGAAUCUGGAGAUAUCACUGCACGUACGCGAUGAUAUUACGGACCUUUGAUCCCUCAGGCUGUACUGCAUAAAAAACCGACAUCAGUGUGUAAAGGAUAUCACCACAUGGGCUCAGGAACACUUCAUAAAACCACUGUCAGUAACUACAGUUGGUCGCUACAUCUGUAAGUGCAGGUUAAAAUUCUACUAUGCAAAGCCAAACCCAUUUAUCAACAACACACAGAAACGCCGCCAGCUUCGCUGGGCCCGAGCUCAUCUAAGAUGGACUGAUGCAAAGUGGAAAAGUGUUCUGUGGUCUGACGAGUCCACAUUUCAAAUUAUAUUUGGAAACAGUGGACGUGGUGUCCUCCGGAACAAAGAGGAAAAUAACCAUCCAGAUUGUUAGAGGCGCAAAGUUGAAAAGCCAGCAUCUGUGAUGGUAUGGGGGUGUAUUAGUGCCCAAGGCAUGGGUAACUUACACAUCUGUGAAGGCACCAUUAAUGCUGAAUGGUCCAUACAGGUUUUGGAACAACAUAUGUUGUCAUCCAAACAACGUUAUCAUGGACGCCCCUGCUUAUUUCAGCAAAACAAUGCCAAGCCACGUGUUACAACAGCGUGGCUUCGUAGUAAAAAGUGCGGGUACUUUCUUGGCCCGCCUGCAGUACAGAAAUGUCUCCCAUUGAAAAUGUCUGGCGCAUUUUGAAGCGUAAAAUACGACAACAAGACCCCGGACUGUUGAACAACUUAAGCUAUACAUCAAGCAAGAAUGGUAAAUAAUUCCAUUUUCAAAGCUUUAACAAUUAGUUUCCUCAGUUUCCAAACGUUUAUUGAGUGUUGUUAAAAGAAAAUGUGAUGUAACACAGUGGUGAACAUGCCAUUUCCCAACUACUUUGGCACGUGUUGCAACCAUGAAAUUCUAAGUUAAGUAUUGUUUGCAAAAAAAAUUAAAGUUUAUGAGUUUGAACAUCAAAUAUCUUGUCUUUGUAGUGCAUUCAACUGAAUAUGGGUUAAAAAGGAUUUAUAAAUCAUUGUUUUCCGUUUAUAUUUACAUCAAACACAAUUUCCCAACACACAUGGAAACGGGGUUUGUAUUAUCUGGCGUUUUGUUUCGCAAAUGUUUGCAAAAGCGACUUUUCUUACCUGCUGAUUUGUACUAAUGAUCUGCAUAAGUCCUGAAAAAUUGCACGCAUCUGCCUUUGUAGUCCGUGCCGACACUGUAGUCGAUGAGCUUCUUCUUUUUCUCUAUCUUUUUGUUAUGGGACAUUCAUCCUCCGCUGUUGCCAUUGCUUGUAUAAAGUCGUGUAAAGUUCUUAAUUAUAUCUGUCAGUAAACUCGCCAUGAAAGCGCUAAAACAUA